UACAAGUCAAACAUGGAGAUGGAGAUGGAGAUGGAGAAAGGAGGAGUUGAUGAUCAGAAAUGGGUUUAUGAUUCUUCUAUAGAUCACAAAGGAAGAAUACCACUUCGAGCUUCAACCGGCGCAUGGAGGGCGUCCCUCUUCAUCAUUUCGAUGGAGUUUGGUGAAAGGCUAAGCUACUUUGGGUUAGCGACAAGUUUGAUCAUAUACCUUACCAGAGUCAUCCAUCAAGACAUCACGACCGCAGCUAAAAGCGUUAACUACUGGACUGGUGUAACCACUUUGAUGCCUCUUUUGGGAGGCUUUGUAGCCGAUGCUUACUUGGGACGUUUCACCAUGGUUCUUGUCUCCUCUGUUAUCUACCUUCUGGGUUUGCUUCUGUUGACAAUGUCUAACAUGAUUCCAAGCUUGAAACCAUGUUCAAGUCAUGGGCUUUGCCAAGAACCUAGGAAGAUCCACCAAGUGGUGUUCUUUGUAGCAAUAUAUUUUAUCUCUAUUGGGACUGGAGGGCAUAAACCCUCGUUGGAGAGUUUUGGAGCUGAUCAAUUUGAUGAGGAUCAUCUUGAAGAACGAAAAAAGAAGAUGUCGUUUUUCAAUUGGUGGAAUGCAGGCCUUUGUGCUGGAUUGUUACUCAGUGUAACCCUUAUCGUCUAUGUGCAAGACCAUGUAGGUUGGGGUGUCGCUGACAUCAUUCUUACCACUGUGAUGGCUUCUUCUUUGGUCGUCUUUUGUGUCGGUCGGCGGUCUUAUCGAUAUCAAAAGGCCACUGGAAGUCCAUUGACACCAAUGGUACAAGUGUGUGUUGCAGCGUUUUCAAAGAGGAGUCUCCCCUAUCCUUCCGAUCCUAGUUCUUUGUAUGAAGUUCCAAAGUCAGGGAAUUCCCAUGAAAGGCUCCUUUGCCAUACCAAAAGCCUUAGGUUUCUUGACAAGGCUGCCAUUGUUGAAGAUGAAGACUGCUUGGAGAAGAUGCAACAAGGUCCAUGGAGACUAUCCACGGUGACAAGAGUAGAAGAAAUGAAGCUAAUUCUUAACAUGAUCCCCAUUUGGCUAACUUCUCUACCAUUCGGUAUAUGCGUAGCGCAGGCCUCAACAUUCUUCAUCAAACAAGCCACCCUACUUAACCGUGAAAUCACACAUAACUUCAUCCUCCCUCCGGCCUCCAUCUAUGCUCUAGCUGCAUGUGGAAUGAUCUUUUCGGUGACAGUCUACGACAGAGUUGUCGUCCCCAUAUUAAGAAGGAUAACAGGUACAGAAAGAGGACUCAAGAUCCUCCAGAGGAUUGGAAUCGGAAUGGUGUUUUCUGUCAUGACAAUGAUCAUAUCUGCAUUGGUGGAGAACAAGAGACUAAAUCUUCUAAACAAUGAUGUCUCGAACUCCAACGGUUCAGCUUCCAUGAGCGUAUUUUGGUUAGCUCCACAGUUCAUAAUCAUAGGAAUCGCAGACGGGUUUACCUUAGUCGGGCUGCAAGAAUAUUUCUAUGACCAGGUUCCAGAUUCGAUGAGGAGCUUAGGAAUUGCAUUGUACUUGAGCGUAAUUGGAGCUGCUAAUUUCUUGAGUAGUUUCUUGAUCACGAUCGUCGACCAUGCGACCAAGAAAGCUUGUGGGAAGAGUUGGUUGGCAAAAGAUUUGAAUCACAGCCGGCUGGACUUGUUUUACGGUGUCUUGGCCUCCAUAACCGCCGUGAAUUUGUUGUUGUAUAUGUUUGUGGCCAACAGAUACUCAUACAAAACUGUGCAGAAGAAGUCCGUUGUGGCUGUGUCGAAUAGCUACGAUGAUUAUUGAUGAGUGUAAUGGGUUAUAUGAAUAUCUAUAGAUUCAUGUAAGGAAUCUAGUUAAUUGCUUCUGUUUCUCAUAUAUAGGU